UGCCCCUUUCAUUUCUCAAAUUUCACGUUCCGCAAACUCAAGACUCAGAGGGGAGAGUUCUCACUCCCUCAGUCAUGUUUCAAUCACCCACUCCCAAUACCAGCAACCAGCAUUCAGUUCAUACAAAUGCACUAUCCAUUCAAGGGUCUUCUUCGGCAUUGGUGCCACUGCCAGUGAAUUUAAAUGUAAACUCUAUCAAUACACACAACAGUGUGGAAAAUGCUGAAUUUCUACAAGCACAAUGCUUUGUUCAAAAUUCCCAGAAACAAGAAGAUGUUCUACGUGCGUUAGGGAUGAAAAUUAAGCAGCAUGAAGACAACUUAAAUCAUUUGAACACUGAAAAAAGAAAAUUGGAUGACUCCAUUCUUCAUUUGCAAGUUUCUAUUGGGAAAUUAGAGUCUUCAAGUACAACAAAGAUUGGUGAUACCGAUAAUCCUCACCCUACAAUUGACGAGGAAGUAAAUAAACAGAUAUUGCAGCAAGACAAAUCUGCUGCUGGUAUUUUAUGCCAGCUGAAAAUUCGUCAUGGAGCUCAGGCUUCUCAUCUUACAUUGAUAAAAGAUGUUGUGGGUAUUGUCACUCUGCUGGGCAAAGUUAAGGAUGACAAUCUUAGCAGACUUUUCUCAGAGUAUCUAGGAGUGGAGACUAUGCUUGCAAUUGUUUGUAGAACUUAUGAAGGGGUUAAAGCUCUUGAAAUGUAUGAUAAGGAAGGCUGCAUAAAUAAAAGUUGUGGUCUUCAUGGGCUGGGUGCCUCUAUUGGAAGGGCUUUGGAUGAUCGAUUUCUAGUGAUAUGUCUUGAAUCUUUGAGGCCUUAUGCUGGAAAAUAUGUGGUUGAUGAUCCACAACGGAUGUUGGAUAUUUUAAACCCAAGAUUGCCCAAUGGGGAGUGUCCUGCUGGAUUUCUUGGCUUUGCCGUGAAUAUGAUUAGUAUAGACAACUCAAACCUAUUUUGUGUAACUCCCAGUGGUUAUGGCCUCAGAGAAACUCUGUUUUAUAAUCUCUUUUCUCGACUACAAGUAUAUAAGACAAGGGCUGAAAUGAUACAAGCACUUCCUUGCAUAAGUGAUGGAGCUCUUUCUUUAGAUGGAGGAAUGAUCAGGAGUUGUGGUGUAUUUUCUUUGGGCAAUAGGGAAGAUGUUGAUGUGAGAUUCCCCCCACCAGAAAGAUCAAUGGGGCUUGAUAACGACCUUGAAAUUGAAAGGCAGUUGAAGGAUGUCAACUGGAAGAAAGAAAAGAUUAUGGAGGAAAUAAACAGGGAACAGGCAUUAUUGGAUACGGCGAAGGUCAAUUUCAAUAAAAAGAGGAGUGAUUAUGUCAAGUAUUUAGAGCAAGCUUCAUCAGCUGCAACUCAGGCUCAGACCACUUCUGACAGAUUUAUAUCUAGAUCAUGAAAUCAAGGCUGACAGGAAACUAUGAAGAGGAGAGCCCAUGGCUUGCAACUUGUUUUUGUUCUUGAGCUUGGCGCUCAUAUCCAUUUUCUUAUCUGGCUCUGGAUGGAGAAUGCUGUUCUCAUUUUGAUUUCUUAAGUUUGAAGAUAAAUUUUGGAUAGAAAACAAGUACAUCGUGUUUUUUUUUUUUUUUGAGCUAGAGGCCUUUCUUCAAUUACGGGCUUCAUUUUUCUUCAAGUUUUUCUGUGUAGAAAAAUCAGAUUAGCCUUCGAGGCACUGAUAUCAGGUUUAACCCGUCAGUAUGCAUGAUUACCCUUCAAGACACAAGAAGCUAGGACCACCAUUUUCUUGGUUCCUUGUAUAUCUGUUAGCUCACCGUA